UCACAGAUCAAUGGGCUCAAUUUUGGUGGUGGUGGUUUGGUUUGGUUUGGUUUGCUGCCGUUGAUUUCUGGGUUUGGGUUCUCGGCCUAUUUUUCGGCAACUCACCCACCAGUCUCCGGUGCACCAUCAAGCGUACAACUUCGCGUGCGGCAAUGUGAACUCUGCACUCGCUUCUCCGUUGUGCGUGUGUGUGUGUGUGUGCGAGUGUGUGUGUGUGUGUGGUUGUGUGUGCCCGAGUGUUAAGCUCUAAAAUGACCGAUUUCUCAAUGAACGAUAUCUUGAGAUCAUUUAGAAAAAUGCGCAUGAAUAAGGGCUCGGCUCAAGGCUCCAGUCACCUGAAUCCACACCACCAGCAACAUCAUCAUCAUCAUCACCACCAUCAUCAUCACCAGCAACAGCCCCAAAACUUUCAGCACUAUCCACAGGCGACCGGCGUCCAGCAGUCCAAAGAUUUGAAAAAAAUUAUCAAAAUUCUUAAAAAGCAUGUCAUCAAACAGAAAAUCACGCGAAAAAUGAAAAUUGUCGUUUAAA